AUGUCAGUUUCAGUGGUGGCGUCUACAGCACUACGAAGGACUGCACUACGAAGGACUUUACUAAGGACACCUCGAGUAAUUGGGACAGCGCCACCAUGUCUGGCAACUACUAGCAUUGCGUCACGAUGUGUGGUCAGAGGCUACAGACCAGCGCCCAUCACAGCAGGACAACGACGAGCACUCUCGAGUACAGCUAGACGCACAUUCGCGUCCGUGGACGACACUUUCGACCCAGCUUCAAUAGAGCGAGAGAGCGAUGAGGUCGAUGUCUGCAUCGUGGGUGGCGGCCCAGCAGGGCUUAGUGCUGCGAUCAAGCUUAAGCAACUGGCAAACGAAGCGGGCAAUGAGGACUUUCGAGUCUUGCUGCUAGAGAAGGCUGGCGAGCUAGGCGACCAUAUCGUGUCAGGCAAUGUAGUCGAGCCGUCGGCUCUCAAUGAACUCAUACCAGACUGGAACUCCGAGGACAACCCGAAUCGAUUCGAGCCAGUGACGCCAGCGACCAAGGAUAAGAUGCGAUUCUUGACCAAGAAGAGCAGCAUCCCGAUACCGGCACCUCCACAGAUGAACAAUCACGGCAACUAUAUCAUAAGUCUGAACCAAUUCUCGAAAUGGCUGGGCGAAAGAGCGGAAGAGGUGGGUGUGGAGGUGUAUGCAGGUUUCGCGGCCUCGGAGAUUCUAUACAACCAAGAUGGAUCUGUGAAGGGCGUUGCGACAAACGAUCUUGGUUUGAGCCGAAGCGGCAAGCCAAAGGACUCGUUCGAACGAGGUAUGGAGUUCCACGCACGAUGUACACUGCUCGCGGAAGGAUGUCAUGGCAGUCUCGCGAAGAAGGUCACAAAGAAAUUCGAUCUACGGCGAGACAGCCAACCUCAAACAUACGGUCUGGGCAUCAAGGAAGUCUGGGAGAUCGAUCCUGCCAAGUUUGAGAAAGGUUUGGUUGUACACUCGAUGGGCUACCCACUUCCGAUGGACACAUAUGGUGGCGGCUGGAUGUACCACUUUGGCGACAACAUGGUGUCAAUCGGUCUCGUCGUAGGUCUGGACUACCCUAACCCAUGGCUCGCACCAUAUGGUGAGUUCCAAAAGAUGAAGCACCACCCGCUCUACAGCAAGUAUCUCGAAGGUGGCAAAUGCAUCUCAUACGGCGCUCGAACACUCAACGAAGGUGGAUUUCAAUCAAUACCUAAGUGCGCGUUCCCCGGUGGAGCAUUGAUCGGCGACACUGCUGGCUUCCUUAACGUGCCAAAGAUCAAAGGCACGCACACAGCCAUGCGCUCAGGCAUGCUCGCAGCCGAAGCAGCCUGGACGGCAUUGAAAGACACAAAAGACGCCGAGGGCGCCGUUUUCCUUUACGACUACGAAGACAAACUCCGCAACAGCAGUAUCUGGAAAGAACUAAAACAGGUCCGCAACAUGCGGCCCUCCUUCCACACACCCCUCGGCCUCUACGGCGGCAUCAUGUACUCCGGUCUCGAAGCCUUCCUACUCCGUGGCAAAUCGCCCUGGACCCUCAAGCACCACGCAGGUGACCACUUAGCAACGAAGAGAGCAGACCAAUGCCAAAAGAUCGAAUAUCCCAAACCUGACGGCAAAAUCUCCUUCGACAUCCUCACUUCCGUCUCGCGCACUGGCACGAACCACGAAGAAGACCAGCCCGUGCACUUGCAAGUCGCGGACUGGGAUAAACACGCCGACAUGGACUGGCCGAAGUACAAGGGGGUCGAGAAUCGUUUCUGUCCUGCGGGAGUGUACGAGUAUGUGGAGGACGAGAGCAAGAAGCAUGGUGUCAGAUUUCAGAUCAAUGCGCAGAAUUGUGUGCAUUGUAAGACGUGUGAUAUUAAGGAUCCGAGUCAGGAUAUCAAUUGGCAAACGCCACAGGGUGGAGAGGGACCAAAGUAUGUGAUGACUUGA